CAGAAGUUUUAGUCCUAUCCCUUUUGUCAUUCUGUCUUCAUAUCUAAAAGAGUAUUAAUUUAUUAAAAAAAUUAGUUUAACAUACAUAAAUUAUUCUUUUUAUUUGGCUUGGGCCCCAGUGUGCGUGUCCUGCUUACUCGAAAGUUAUGUGUCAGUGUUGUGUUCGUAUUCAUGCUUCAUAUUAUUUAAAGUGAAGUAGAACUAGGACUACAUUGAAUGUCCAUUUAGCCACAGUAGGUUGAUCAAAUUUGAGAAGUACUACUCCGAUUGUAUGUGACUAGAAAUACUUGCCAAGUUAAAUGGGCAAUUGGCAAGUUCUAUAGUACUUUUGUUAGACCAUGUUGUAUGGCACUAUUGAAUUAGUAACGGAUGUGAUGUCUUCAAUACGAACUGAGAAGAAACAAUAGUCUUAAUUUUCAAAUCUCUUACUGUAUUAUGUUUUCCUAAUUGGAAGUCCAGAAAUCCAGUAAAUUAUGAACUUUACACGGAUCUAUGAAGUGUUAUAUAUGUCUGUGACAAUCGUUCGUAAUGUCUUUCAUGCAUCUUUGUCCGAGCUAUGUUAUAUUAAUAUUAUACAUCCAUAUAGACGGCCCAAAUUCUGACUAGAACAUUUGAAAAUAAAAUUUUUUAUAAUUUGCAAUUUCAGUUCUGACCUCAUUGAUUAUGCAGCAUGAGGCUGCCAUCAGGAUAACAUUCACUGGUCAGAAUCUCAAAUUAACAUUAUUUUUUUUCUCAUCACGUGCUUCAAUUUUUUCCUCCCAACCUUUGCAGGAUACAGUAAGAUGGAUUAUGAUCCAGUGUUCAAUCGUGGAAUAAGAAGUUCCAUUGAACAGUUUUCAAGCCUACGACAAAUGUGCAACAUUGGCUCAAACCAUAACAACCAAUGGCAAAGUGAUUGGGGCUGCUACUCUUCUCACAUCAAUGAUUUUUCAAGUAAUAUGAUUGAGGAAAACCUCCAGCAGAAAAUAUAUUCAGGAUCAAGAAAACAGAUAUCAGAUUCUGUAACUGACAUGGAACGACAGCUAUUUGGGGUUUCUGCUUUCGAGGACUGCCCCGACCAGGACAUGCAAUCCUGUAACUUGGAAAACCUAAUCCAGCAUGAAAUUGGGGAUAAUAAUGUGCAUCAUGAAGCAUCUUCCUUUCUUGUUUCCUCCCAGAUACCUAUUCUCAGAACAACACCAGGCUUGCAUGUUUCACCUAGUUCUUACAACUCAAAUCCACCUUACCCUGGGUUUGAUUACUCAGCGCCAUCAGGUAAUGUCUGUGGUACGACCAGAACAUAUGGCAUCAAUGAUUCUCAUGGCUUUCAAAGAUCUUGUAGUAAUGACCAGGAACUAGUUGCUUCUGAUGGCAAGAAUAUGUUCUUCCCCAUGGACCUAAUGCAAGUUGUCGGCGAUGUUGAUCCUUCUUCAGAUCAUAUCUCCUCUAUCGGAGGAUAUUCUAAUGAGACACAUUCCAUUGAGGAAUCUUUUGAUGGUGGACCUGCUUUUUGCUGUAGUAGUUUAGAGGCAUCCGAGUCAACAUCACAGAACUAUUAUCUGCAGAAAUAUGGUAAUCAGGGGGAAUCAAAUCUGAUAAAAGAGGGAGGGCUUUCAGAGAAUUAUCUGAUGAAAGAUGGAGGGCUUACAGAUAACUAUCUGAGUGCAUAUCACAUGGAUGCUCCAUUUUCAUUUGGGAAGAAUGUGGAGCUAGAUAAAUGCAGCACUUGGCUCCCACAACAGUUAUCAGAAAGGAUUCUGGGAGAUUCUGGCACAGUUUCUAGCAUGACUGCCUGGAUAUCAAAAUCCAGCCAUGACGAACCAUUGCAAUCUGAGCUUCAGGUACUGGGAUCAAAUAAUUGUCACCAGCAGCCUGCAUAUUUCAACGAGUCAUCAAAUGCCCAGACACAUGGCUGCACUACAAAAAUAGAGUGCUCCACACAGUCGUGUAUGGUUCAACAAGAAGAAGUUCAACUACAAGAAACUUGUUUUCAUAAUGAUAUUUUAGAAGGUCCAGCACUAUCUUUUGGUCCAGUUGGAGCUGCCAAACCUAAACAAUCAAUUCUGUCUUUGGUAGAUAUUCUUCUCUUAUAUACUACCUACAAAAGCAUUCCGGUGAAUAUGGGGACAACCCGAGAGAACUUUUUGGAUUAUUUGCAUUUGACUGUGUGUAAUGUCCAAAAAUGUGAGUGUGAAAUUUACCAUAUACUGGUAUCCCAUUUUGAUGACUGUCAUGAUACGGGCUGUAGCAUAUGUGGACCUGUUCGAGAGUUGUAUCCUACUGGUGAAACUCACUCAGGAGCUGGAAAAUCAAAAAGGGAUCUGCCUGAAGAUCUCCAUGCUAGAGAUUCUAACUGGAUGAGUUCUUGCAGUGUUGAAGAUAUUCAACCUCCUUUGAAACGUUCAAAGAUUGAAAGCAGCAUUCUGUCCAACAACAGGCCUCUUAGUGCAGUGACUUUUCCAGUGAAUCAACCAUGCAAAACUAAAGGACAUCCACUCUUGGGGAAGAGGUUUGGAAGUCUCAUGUAUUUUGAGGAAGAGGAAUUGGUAAUGAAAAAUGAACUGUUAAGCUCCACGGAAGACCCUAUAAAAGGUGGGGUACCUGCGAAGGGUUCUGUAGAUAACAUUAGAUUUGAACGUGUCAAUGCUCUUGGUGCAGUUACUCUUCCUGUGGAUCAACCAUGUGGAAGUCUGGAGGACCCUCUAAUAGCUGUAAAUAUUGCUGUAGAUAAAAAUAGACUUGAGAGUGCCAAUGCCUGCUUCAGAAGAACUGUAGUAUAUUCGGAAUUGAGGAAGCCAUCUGAAGGUCCUAUGUAUGAUCAGCAAGAUUCAAGUCAGACGAACAAGGAACUGUUAAUGUCCAUAGAGUCACAUCCGGUGAUGGAUGGUACAUACACUAGCAAGGUCAAAACCGAUGUAACUUUGACUUCUGAAGGCUUAAGUUCUGACAGUAAGUCUGUUCUUUCUGAGGAGUGCACUAAUGUUAAGGAAGAUAUCAAAAUCAAGGACAAGGCUAAUUACGCCAAAAUAGAUAUGCACUGUUCUUCAGCUGAAUCUGCAGCUUAUUGUAUGUUGCGGAUGGAGUCACAGGAUUCAAAAAGAUGCGGUGUUUCUUUAACUGAUUUUUUCAACGCACAGCAAAUAAAGGAACACUUGAGUAGUCUCAACCAGAACAUUGGCCAGAGCAUCAUGAAGGGAUCAACAGAAAAUACAAGAGCCCAAUCCCUAGGUCAGAAUACCUGCCAGUUAUGUGCCAGGGAUAGGAUUAUGCUAACUUCACCACCCAUGUAUUGUUCGUAUUGCGGAGCUUGUAUCAAGUCCAAUAUGACUUAUUAUUGGACAGCGGAUGAAAUGGACGCACGAUACUGUUUUUGCACGUUGUGUUUCCGGAAGUCUCGUGGUGGUAAAAUCUCAUUUAGAGGGCUGUCUUUUUCCAAAACGAAGCUGCAGAAGGACAAAAAUACAGCAGGAAUUGAAGAAUCGUGGGUACAAUGUGACGAAUGCGAAUGCUGGCAACAUCAGACAUGUGCUCUGUAUAAUCCAAAAAGCGAUUUGGAAGGGAAAAGAAAAUAUAUUUGUCCUUUUUGCCGCUUAGCUGAGAUAGGAGUUCAAGAACAUGUGUCCAUACCUACUGCUCUGGGGGCAAAAGAUCUUCCCAGAACUAAGCUUAGUGAUCAUAUAGAGCUGAGACUCUUCAAGAGCCUUGACAGAGAGAGAAAAGAGAGGGCAAAAUUAUCUGGAAUAUCUCCUACUGAGGUACCUGGAGCAGCAGAUCUUGUGGUUAGAGUGGUUUUAGCUGUUAGCAAUCGAUUAAAAGUAAAGCAGCAAUUUCUAGAUAUUUUCCAUGGUCAACGCUAUCCAGCGGAGUUUCCAUAUAAGUCUGAGGUGGUCCUAUUGUUUCAAAAAAUUGAAGGUGUAGAUGUUUGUCUCUUUGUUAUGUAUGUCCAGAAGUUUGGAUCAGAUUGCAGACCACCCAAUCAGCGUUGCGUCUACAUUUCGUAUCUUGAUUCGGUUAAGUAUUUUAGACCUGAAAUUAGAACUGCUACUGGUGAGGCUCUACGUACCUUUGUAUAUCAUGAGAUAUUGAUUGCAUACCUUGAUUACUACAAGAAAUGUGGUUUUACAACUUGCUAUAUAUGGGCAUGCCCACCUAUAAAAGGGGAAGAUUACAUUUUAUAUUGCCAUCCAGAUACUCAGAAAACACCAAAGUCAGAUAAGCUGCGUCACUGGUAUAAGUCAAUGAUUAGAAAAGCAGUAGAAAAGAAAGUAGUGGUUGAUCACACCAAUUUUUAUGACCACUUUUUUGUGCCGAAUGUGGAAUGCAAUGUCAUGAUAACGGCGGCUCGCUUACCUUACUUUGAUGGAGCCUAUUGGUCAACUGCUGCUGAGGAUGUGAUGCAAAAUAUUGGAAAAGGAAGUGGAGGGGGAUCUGAGAAGAUGGUGCAAAAGCUAAUCACACGGAGAACUUUAAAAUCAAUGGGACAUGGUGAUCUUUCAGCCGAUGUAACAAAAGAUUUGAUGGUGAUGGAAAAGGUGGGGCAGACCAUCCUACCUACAAAGGAAGACUUUAUCGUUCUCCACUUGCAGUUCACUUGUACAAACUGCCACGAAGCGAUACUAUCUGGAAGUUGUUGGGCUUGUAAACAAUGCAAAAAAUUUCAUUUAUGUGUAAGAUGCCUUGAAGUAAAAAGUCCUACUGAGUUGAAAACACACACUUCCAUCAGUGGAGAAAAACAUCUACUGUCCCAGAUUUUGGUGAAUGACGUACUUGUGGACACGGAGGAUAAAGAUGUCAUUUUAGAUAAUGAUAUCUUUACCGACAGACGCUCUUUCUUGAGCUUUUGUGAGGAAAAUAAUUAUCAAUUUGAUACACUUCGCCGUGCAAAACAUUCAUCUAUGAUGAUCCUGUAUCAUCUCCACAAGAUGACCACAUUAACCAAGCAGAGAACCUGCAGCCUUUGUCACAAUGACGUCGUGUUGGAAUGGCGCUGUGAGAUUUGUCCAGGACUCGAUGUUUGCUCUAUGUGCUAUUCAAAAGAAGGUGAAGGCUGUCAUGUCCACCCGCUAAUUCCGCAUGUGCUGGAAGCUUACAGCGAAACAAAGAAUAAACGAGAACUCGAGAAUCGCAAAGCAUUUAAGAAAAAAGAAAUGUUGGAUCUUCUAGAGCACGCUAAUCAGUGUCAAGCAACAAGAGACAACCCUUGUUCACGUCGUAAUUGCGUUCAUAUCAAAUGGCUUUUUCGCCACUCGUGCGAGUGUGAAAUUCGAUUAGCCGGCAAUUGUAAAAAGUGUAAGAGAAUCUGGUAUCUGCUGCUUUUGCACUCAGAGGAAUGCAAAGACUCCAAUUGCCAUAUGCCUCGCUGCCUGGAUAUCAAAAAGAGGAAGCAAGUCGUCAACCGGGGGUAGCCUCUACAUAACUGGACUGCUCAAAUAUAAGUACAGUAUCAGAACAAACAUUUGUAUGCUAAACUAAUAUUACACAAAACAUUCGAGAUAGUAAACAGUGUAUGGUUACAGAAGUUGUACAGAAAUAGUUUAUAUAAAUUUAGUAUUCCUUUCUUCGACUAUUCUCUGUUGUCCAGUGCAGU